GCGGUCGCCUGGUAACCGGCCGCGGAGGUCCUGGCUGCGCCAGCGCAGGCCGCGGAGGUCUGUAGGCCGGUGGAGCUCUCGCUGGGCUCUUCCUGUCCGUUCCGCGAUGGCAGCCGCCGCGGCAGUGGUCACGCCGUCGGGUUUGGAGGAUGGGGUGUCUCGGUCCCGCGGCGAAGGGGCGGGGGAGGUGGUCGUGGAGCGGGGGCCCGGCGCGGCCUACCACAUGUUCGUGGUGAUGGAGGACCUGGUGGAGAAGCUGAAGUUGCUCCGCUAUGAGGAGGAUCUCCUCCGGAAGAAUAAUCUGAAGCCCCUGUCCAGACACUAUUUUGCACUGCCUACCAAUCCUGGGGAACAGUUCUACAUGUUUUGCACUCUUGCUUCUUGGUUGAUUAACAAAGCAGGACGCCCUUUUGAGCAGCCUCAAGAAUAUGAUGACCCUAAUGCAACAAUAUCUAACAUAUUAUCUGAGCUUCGAUCAUUUGGGAGAACUGCAGAUUUUCCUCCUUCAAAAUUAAAGUCAGGUUACGGAGAGCACGUAUGCUAUGUUCUUGACUGUUUAGCCGAAGAAGCAUUGAAAUACAUUGGUUUCACUUGGAAAAGACCAACAUACCCAGUGGAAGAAUUAGAGGAAGAAACUGUCACAGAGGAUGAUGCAGAAUUAACAUUAAAUAAAGUGGACGAAGAAUUUGUGGAAGAGGAGACAGACAAUGAAGAAAACUUUAUUGACCUCAACGUUUUGAAGGCCCAGACUUAUCGCUUGGAUAUGAACGAGUCUGCCAAACAAGAAGAUAUUUUGGAAUCCACAACAGAUGCUGCGGAAUGGAGUCUAGAAGUGGAACGUGUACUACCACAACUGAAAGUCACGAUCAGGACUGACAAUAAGGACUGGAGAAUCCAUGUUGACCAAAUGCACCAGCACAAAAGUGGAAUUGAAUCUGCUCUAAAGGAGACCAAGGGAUUUUUGGACAAACUUCAUAGUGAAAUUAGUAGGACUCUGGAAAAGAUUGGCAGCCGAGAAAAGUACAUCAACAAUCAGCUUGAGCACUUGGUUCAGGAAUAUCGUGCAGCUCAGGCCCAGCUGAGUGAAGCGAGAGAGCGUUACCAGCAGGGAAACGGCGGCGUAACUGAAAGGACCAGACUCCUGUCUGAGGUUACAGAAGAGCUAGAAAAAGUAAAACAGGAAAUGGAAGAAAAAGGCAGCAGUAUGACUGAUGGUGCUCCUUUGGUGAAGAUUAAACAGAGCUUAACGAAGCUGAAACAAGAAACCAUUCAGAUGGACAUUAGAAUCGGUGUUGUGGAGCACACGUUACUCCAGUCAAAGCUGAAGGAGAAGUCCAACAUGACCAGGGACAUGCACGCCACAGUCAUUCCAGAAUCUGCAAUAGGCUCUUAUUAAAACAUAUCGUUUUUCAUGCUUCUGAUUAGCUGGUUUUUUGUAUCAAAUCAUAUUUCAUGUUGCACAGAUUUCAAAACAGUUAUUCCUUUUAAAGCAUGUCGAAUGGGUAUUUUUUACAUAUAUACAACACAUAUUGUAUCAUGAUGAUUAGGGAUGGUCUAAGCCUUUAAAUUGAAUAUAAUAUUUAAUAAAGUAAUUAAAAAUUCUCAUUUUCAAA